GUACUCUGUAUACUUACUGUAUAAUGUUGAAGCUUUAGUUUUGCUCAUAUGCAGUUAUGUUUUGAUGUCCUUAUGUGAUGUCUUGAAGCAGUGCCAAUACUGCAGAACCAUCAGACCAUAACAGACGAGUUACGUGUUUUGUUAACAAAGGGUAAACAUACUAAAGCAAUACUCUUACUUGGGUAUAGUUUGACAAAGUGUAAAUACGCUUUGUAUGCUUGCAUAUAUAACUGUUACAAAAUGGCGGAUUUUAUUAAAUAUUUAGAAAAGUACUGCAAAAAGACAUUACCACAAUCGGUGUAUGCGUUCUUCAGCCAAGGCUCUUAUGACGAAAACACUCUACGCGACUCAAUUCAAGCUUACCAAAGGUACAAGUUAGUUCCAUCUGGUCUCCCAACUCAAACAUGUGAUCUUCGUACUCGAAUUGAGUUCCCGAAACGGGGGAUUUCCCUGGAUCUAGAACUCCCUUUCGGUUUUUCCCCUGUUGGUCUUAUGGGUGCUGGUCAUAAGGACGCUGAGUUAGCUACAACUAAAGCUGCGGAGAAUUUCGGCGCUUGUGCCAUCCUAAGCUCCCACAGCUCGAAAAGCAUCGAAGAAAUUCAACAAGCUGCACCGGGGUGUAUAAAGAUGCUACAACUUUACGUUUACUUGUCCAGAGAGGUUUCUGAAGCUUUAGUUCAACGAGCAGAACGUGCCGGGUUCAAGGCAAUUGUUGUUACAAUCGAUGGUCAAGUGCGUGGUAUCAGAUACUCUACUAUGAGAACACCAUUGGGAAAUGAGUAUCAGUCGGGCAACUUUGGAAGCGAGGAAAAAAAGUUACUUGCAAGCGUUGGGUUGGACGUUGAUAAAAGACGACAAGGCAUCGGGUACGAGAUUAAAGACCCCAGUCUUACGUGGGACGACAUUAAAUGGCUGAGGUCAAUCACUGACUUACCUAUUAUACUGAAGGGAGUAUUACGUGCUGAUGACGCAAUAAAGGCUCUUGAUUAUGACGUGGACGGCAUCAUGGUAUCCACACACGGGGGAAGGCAGUUGGAUGGGACACCUGCACCGAUAGAUGCACUCCCUGAGAUAGUGGAUGCUGUCAAAGGAAGGUUAGUUAUAUUUGUGGACGGUGGCGUGAGGAGCGGUGAUGACGUAUUGAAAUCGAUUGCUGUGGGAGCCGAUGUCGUUUUCUUUGGAAGGCCAAUGCUGUGGGGACUGGUUUGGAAGGGCCAAGCGGGCGUUGAAACGGUUCUACAAACGUACAAAGAUGGGCUCUCUACUGCCAUGAUGCGGAACGGGUUAUCACGAUUAAGUAACAUCACGCGAGCAAAUGUACAACGGUGCAAUGCAUCGAAUACUAUAAGCAGUCCAAGACUAUAAACCUUUACCAUAUUUCGGUUCCAUUUUAAUAUAAAUUUUCCAAAAUUGAUCAGGUUUAGCAACCACGCUUUUAUUUAAACUUUGCCUUUUUUUUACCCAGAGCAUGUUUAACGAUUUUACCCAGAGCAUGUUUUACAUUUUAACAACUGUUUUGCUGGUAAUUCCCUUCUCUUCGCUGUUCUAACUUUUAACUAAUCAAAUUUUUGUUACUGUAUUCAAAGAAAGAUUUAAUUUUUAAUUUAUUUUAAAUGUGUAGUGUAAUGCGGUUGCGGUCGUACUGCUCUUCAUUUAUUUAAUCAUAUUCGUAC